CUAUGCAGUGACACAAUGGCUCCAAUAUAAAGUGUUGCUCGGCCUGAGCUUGAAGGCAAAGGAACAAAGAAACACCAAGUGACUCUUUUAGAGACCAAACAGGAAUUGGAAGAGCACCAAAUUCAUCUUGCAAUGGAGAAAUUUAAGGCUGCUAUGUUACUGGCUGGGGUAGGGGAUGCUCUGGGAUACCGGAAUUUCACAAGGGAGAACAAUGCUUUAGGUGCACAGAUCCAAGGGGAACUGAAAGAAAUUGGAGGACUUGAGAAUCUGGUUCUAUCCUCUGACAAAUGGCCAGUGAGUGACAAUACUCUUCUGCACAUGGCUACAGCAGAAGCUCUCAUCACAGAUUAUUGGUGUUUAGAAGAUCUUUACCGGGAACUUGUAAAACGUUAUGUUGAUGUUAUUGACAUACUUCCUGGGAGACGGUCAGACCCUGCCACAAUUGAAGGCUGCUCACAACUGAAGCCAGACAACUAUCUACUAGCUUGGCACACACCAUUUAAUGAGAAAGGUUCAGGGUUUGGGGCAGCCACAAAAGCCAUGUGCUUAGGGAUGAAAUACUGGAAGCCAGAAAGACUGGAAGCUCUUAUCGAAGUGAGCAUUGAAGUUGGACGAAUGACUCACAAUCAUCCGACAGGUUUUUUGGGAUCACUGUGUACAGCUCUGUUUGUUUCAUACGCAAUACAAGGAAAGCCACUAGUGCAGUGGGGAAGAGAAUUGAUGAAAGUUGUCCCAAUGGCUGAAGAAUACUGCAAAAAGACGAUCAGGCACAUGGCAGAAUAUCAGGAGCACUGGUUUUACUUUGAAGCAAAGUGGCAGUUUUACUUGGAAGAGAGAGAAAUCAACGAAGAAAAUCAGAAUAAGCCUCAUUUUCCUGACAAUUAUGAUGCAGAGGAAAGAGAAAAGACUUAUAGACGGUGGAGCUCUGAAGGUCGUGGUGGAAGGAGAGGACACGAUGCUCCUAUGAUUGCAUAUGAUGCUAUCUUAGGAUGUGGUGGUGACUGGACAGAGCUGUGCAACCGAGCCAUGUUCCAUGGCGGGGAGAGUGCAGCUACUGGAAGCAUUGCUGGCUGUUUGUAUGGAUUGCUGUAUGGCCUCAACAAAGUUCCUAAAGGCUUGUACCAGGAUCUUGAACAAAGGGAGAGGCUAGAAUACUUGGGAGAGACUAUUUUCCGACUGUCUUCAGAGGAAAAGUAAAGAUGUGUUUGCUGUUU